GAGCAGAUUAAGCCAUCAAUUAUAAAAGCCAUAGAGGUGGAGCUUCUUCUACCAAUAUAAUGUCGCUGCAGAUAACCAUGAAAGUUGAAGUUAGGAGCAAAGAAAUAGUGAGACCGUCCUCUCCGACACCUGAAAGUCUCAAGAAUUACAAAUUCUCUUUUCUGGAUCAACUAGCUCUUAACGUCAGGCUUCCAUUCGUCUUCUUCUACGUCUCAGGAAGAGCUUGUCAUCAUACCGACACCAUUGAUGAGCUGAAGAAAUCACUCUCCAAAACCCUGUCUCUAAUGUACCCGCUGGCGGGGAGGGCGAAGGAGGACAGGAUAACAGUCGAAUGUAACGACGAAGGGGUGGAGUUUAUUGUGGCCGAUGUUGCUGAAAACAUGUCUUCUUUGCUGGAAAAUUUUGAAAUUGGGAAGAUUAAGCAGCUGACUCCUUCUGCAAAGUUUUACGAGCCCCAACCGGUAGGAAAGGUUUUGCUGGCGAUUCAGGUGAACCGGUUUAGAUGCGGGGGAAUAGCUAUUGGGUUCUUCGUUUCACACGCCAUUUUGGAUGGUUCCUCCCUUGCCAAAUUCAUGGAAACCUGGGCGUCCUUCAACCGCGGCUGUGCUGUGAUUAAUGGAAGUGGAUUCAUUUCCGAUCACUCUACCAUCUUAUUCCCUCCUUUGACGGAUACUUCUGCUCUUGAAAGAUCAGUAAGAAUGGCCGCGGCGGCAGUGGAGCAGGAAGAGAAAAACAUGGUUGUUAAAAGGUUCGUCAUUCCUGCAACCGCCAUAGCUCAACUCAAAGAAGAAAUAACGGUUACCGGGUCAGUUCAACGCCCGUCUCGCACGGAGGCGUUAACGGCGUUAGUAUGGGCGGCGGUGAUAAACGCAAAUCCAACUCAAACUGUCACGUUAUCCUGCAUGGUGAACUUGCGGGGCAGGAUGGAGCCGCCGCUGCCGCCAAACUGUCUAGGGAGCUUAACCUACGGAGCCACCGUUAACUGCGAGGAAGCGAAAGACGGCGGCACCGUCGUAACCGCCCCUCAAUUGGUGCAGAGGAUACGCGAUGCUCUCCGAGCUGUGGACGACGGAGCGGCGAGGAAGGUGUACGGCGAAGACGGGUUGUUGCGUGCGGUGUUUGCCGGAGGUGAUGAAAUAUUGCUCAAGAAAGAUUCUUGUUCAACGUUGUACACAAGCAGUCUGUGUAGAAUGCCGUAUUACGAAGUUGAUUUUGGGUGGGGGAAGCCCAGACUGGUGGUGAAUAUGGUGAAGAAUUAUAUGGUGCUUUUCUUAGACGCCAUUAAUGGAGGAGUAGAAGUGUUGACGGGAUUGCCUAAGCAAGUUAUGCACAGAUUAACGCAAGACCCCCACUUUCUUGCCUAUGUUUCUGGCUUUCCUAAACCAAAGCUAUGAUUGAAUUCAACAACUAGUCAUUUACUCAUUUAUUGGGUAACAAUCACAAUAAUGUCUAAUUUAAAUAACAUUUUAGUCAUAAAUAAAAUCCAACCCCAACCCCGCACUAGAAUUAAUAUUUAUAUAUAUAAUUUGUUAUCAGCAAAUAAAUGCCGGCAGUAACGCAAGUCUGGGAGAUCAA